AUGUAUUUCCCUGAUAAGUUGUACAAAUGUAUUAAAAUAUAUGACAACACACUAUCGAUUGUUUUUACCAACUUUAACCGUGGAAAUAUCCACAAUUCUAAAAGAUUUCACCAUCGCAACGUUAAAUUUAUCAUUAAAGCCGAUUUUAAACUACACAAUUAUCAUACUAGUGCCAGAAAUGCCGGAAAUAUACUCGUACAAAAUAAUUUCAAGACACUCGGGUCCCAAUUUAGAGGAUUCAAACCAGACUACACGAAUCUUCUGCUCCCAUCAACAACCUUACACCUAAAUAGGAAUUUAUGCAGAUUCUUUUCCUCAAACCUAGAUAAAUUACCUACAAAAAAAUAUGGAUUGUCGAAAAUUAUGAGCCUUUUGUGGCCAUCUGAUACCAGAUCAAAGCUGAGAAUUCUGUUCAGUAUGGUAUUUCUGCUUUCAGCAAAACUGUCUCUAAUUUCAGUCCCACUGUUUCUUACAUCACUAAUUAACUCCAUAAUUAAACCACCGAAUGAUUCUUUUGGAAUAAUCCCGAAGCUUGAAAUGGUUGGCGUAUCCUUCCCAGAGAUGUACAUCCCAUACGUGUAUUUGUUUGGUUUCGUAUUUUCAAAGAUUUCAUCAUCACUAUUUAACGAACUGAGGAACUCAUUGUUUAGCACAGUGACUGAACGCUCAGCGAGAGAAAACGCAUCGAAAAUGUUCAUGAACAUACAUAACCUUGACAUCGACUUUUUAAUCCAGUCGAAAUCCGGAGAAGUAUCAGCAGUAUUUUCUAGAGGAAUAAGAGCAAUCUCACAGAUCCUGAGAAUCACAGUUUUCCAAGUAGUCCCAGUGAUUCUUGAAUUCUCGCUAGUAACCGCGUUGUUAUGCUACAAAGUCGGCCCUAUGAUUGCGACAAUAUCAUCACUGACUGUGAUUUUGUACCUACUUUUCACAACCCUAGUUACCAGAAGGAGGAUGAUCAUCAGAAAAGAAAUGGCAGACGCAGACAGAAAGGCAUCCGGCCUUUUCCUUGAUUCCAUUACUAACGCUGAAGCAGUUAGAUACUAUAACUCACAGAUAAAGGAACUGGAAAGGUAUUCAAACCAACAAAUGGAUUAUGAAAAACACUCAGUGGACGUACAAAAGAGUCUAGCUUUCCUAAACUUUGGACAACAGUUUAUUUUCAACUGCGGCUUGUUCCUUUCACUUUUUUUAACACUUGGAGAUAUCACAAAGGGACUAGCAAAGUUUGAUAAUUUUAUCAUCGUUAACACUCUACUGUUCCAGAUUGGAGUCCCCCUUAACAUGAUAGGCACAAUGUACCGAGAAGUUAAACUGAGUUUCAUUGAUUUGCAAAAAUUUUUGGACCUCGUAGGAGUGAAACCUAAAGUGUACGAACUACCCGAAGCCAAGGAUCUAGUUCUCUCACAGGGGAAAAUCGAGUUCAAGAACGUUAACUACUUCUACCCAACCACCGAAAAUGACCCUCACAUAAUUCUUGACGACUUUUCCCUAACAAUUCCUCCAGGCAAGACUAUAGCGAUUGUCGGAGACUCAGGCUCCGGAAAGAGCACAAUUUGUAAAUUAUUAUUCCGCUUCUAUGACCCUAAUUCUGGAUCAAUCUUAAUAGACGGUCAGGAUAUAAAGACCGUGACUCUGAAGUCGUUAAGAAACACGUUGGGAAUUGUACCUCAGGAUGUGGUUCUGUUUAAUGAAUCAAUCGCCUUUAACAUUUCAUACGGUAAACCCGACGCCACAUUGGAUGAUGUUAUGAGGGCUUCAAAACUGGCUGGUAUCCAUGAUACCAUUAUGGGCUUCCCUGAUGGAUAUGACACAAUUGUCGGAGAACGAGGAAUGAUGUUAAGUGGAGGUGAAAAGCAGAGGAUUGGUAUUGCUCGGUGCUUUCUAAAGGACCCUCAAGUACUGCUUUUCGAUGAGGCUACAAGUUCACUUGACUUUAAGGCAGAGUCACAAAUCAUAAAGACUUUUAAGGAGAUGGGCUCCAAUAAAACCACUCUUAUGAUCGCGCACAGGUUAUCUUCAAUGUUGAUAGCUGAUGAAAUCGUCGUUUUCCACAAGGGGAAAAUCGUUGAAAUGGGGACACCUCUUGAGCUCUGGAACAAGACUGGCUAUUUCAGACAAAUUGUAAAUUCAUUUAAUUUAAAGUCCAAAAGUGAUGAAACGACACGUUAA